AAUAGUUAAUACCUCAUUGAGAGUUUGAAAAAAGAAAAAGCAGUUUCUUUAUCUCAAAAUUUCUUACAAUUGACCGUUUGUGCAAGGUGUUGGGCUAGAAAGUUGCCAGAUGUUGCAUAAACUUAAGGGUUCCAUUGUCAUUCUUUGGUUAACUAAAUGGUUCAUCGGAUCGGAGCCAAAGCUGAGAAAAAAAGAGUUGAAUUUGUAGUUGGGGUUUAGCUUUAAGUUCACAAAAUCAUAGAUUUUCAAUGAAGUUCGUAACUUUUGUUUCUUUACCUUGAUUUCUGUCAGCGUUUCUGUGUUUGCUACUGUUCAAGAGGGUUUGGGGGGUAUCUGGAUUUGGCUUUAAAAAUGGGGCAUUCUGGAGCAGUUUGGGAUUACAGAGCUGCAACUGAGAUUAUAAAGGAUUGGAAUGGGAUCGAUCAGGUGGUGGUUCGAAACCCACAGGGGAGUUCAGUUAAGGUUAGCUUAUAUGGAGGGCAAAUCACCUCUUGGAGGAAUGAGCAGGGAGAAGAACUUCUAUUCACAAGUAGUAAGGCUAUUUUUAAACCCCCAAAAGCAAUGCGAGGAGGAAUCUCUAUUUGCUUUCCACAGUUUGGAAACUGCGAAUCGUUACAGCAGAAUGCAUUUGCUAGGAACAGGAUUUGGACAAUUGAUGAAAACCCUCCACCCCUUCACCCAAAUGAUUCCCAUGGAAAAUCCUUCAUUGACCUCCUCCUCAAACCAUCUGAAGAAGACCUUAAGUUCUGGCCUCACAGUUUUGAGCUUCGUCUCAGAGUGGCAAUUGCAGCAGAUGGAGACCUUGUAUUAAUAUCGCGAGUUAGGAACAUAAAUGGGAAGCCAUUUAGUUUCUCUUUUGGGUAUCAUACUCAUCUAUCAGUUUCUGACAUAAGUGAGGUAAGGAUAGAAGGUUUGGAGACACUUGAUUUCCUGGACAACCUUCGCCAAAGAGAGCGUUUUACAGAACAAGGAGAUGCUAUUACUUUUGAAUCAGAGAUAGACCGAGUUUAUCUGAGUUCUCCAAAUGUGAUUGCUGUCCUUGAUCAUGAAAGGAAACGGACGUAUGUUGUCAGGAAAGAGGGACUACCAGAUGUUGUGGUAUGGAAUCCGUGGGAGAAGAAAUCAAAAUCAAUGACAGAUUUUGGCGAUGAGGAGUACAAGCAGAUGCUAUGCGUGGAUGGGGCAGCAAUUGAGAGGCCUAUCACCUUGAAGCCAGGUGAGGAAUGGACAGGGCGGUUGACACUCUCAGUGGUGCCAUCAAGUUUCUGCAGCGAGCAUUUUGAUCUCCAGGGAAAAAGCCUCCGAUGAAUACUUAAAAGAGGAAUAUUCAUUGAGUGUUCUUAAGACUUUGGAUUGGAUUAACCUAGGGACUUUAGGAAUAGUUCAAUGUUGUUUUAUGUCUUAGCAUUGAACUGACUGUAAAGUAUGAAUGCUCAAUUCUCAUACCAAGUGUGAUGAGAAUUGACAAGGUCCUGAAAUGAAGAUAGAGAAGCCUAUGUUUUUCAAGAAUGGCUGCUUGACUUUUUUUUUUCUUUUCUAAUUUCAAGUGUCACCUUCUGUGACUGAAAUAAAAUUCUUCCUCAAUU